AUAUCACAAUGCGCAAAAGUAAAAACCCUAACAAAGAGAGGUUUUAGCAAAGCUAGAGAGAGAGAGAUUUUGAGCGACGAAUCAGGUGAUGAUGGUUGAUUCAAUCGCGUAAAGGGUCCAUAACUUCUGCUCUUUGCCUUAGUCUCAGGUUGCAAUGAUGCGUUUUAGGCUAAAGAUUGCUCAUUUUAACAUUGGCAUUGCUUUCUCCUCCAUCGCUCACCAAACCCAAGCUUCAAGGUCCGAACUUUAUCAUGUUAGAUGUUUCCAAAGUGGUAGAUUUGUCUGCGAGGGUGAUGAAUCAUCUUCUUCUUCUUCAAGACAUUGGUCUCAGUCACCCACACGGGUUUUCGGGAACAGGGUUUCCCGAGCUAUGAAGAACGAAGCUCAAAAGGCUCUCUUUGAUUACUUGCAUCACACUAGAACUCUCAGUUUCGUUGAUGCAGAGCAUAUAAGCAACAACUCCCCUCGUUUCAUCUCCUCUUUGUUGUCCAAGAUCGAUACCAGGAAAGAGGAUAUAUCUCAGUCUUUGACUAAGUUUCUAAGAUACAACCCCAUCAACGAGUUUGAGCCAUUUUUCGAGAGUCUUGGUCUGCGUCCUUGUGAGAUCUCUCGUUUUCUCCAACGAGACCUUGUGCUUCUGAGUGAUGACACUGUCCUGUUUGAGAAUUUUCAUGUUCUUUGCAACUACGGGAUUCCUCGUAGCAAGAUUGGUUGUGUGUAUAAAGAAGCGAGAGAGAUUUUCGGAUAUGAGAAUGGGGUUUUGUUGUCGAAGCUCGAAGCUUAUGAGAGAUUAGGUCUUAGCAAGCCUAUAGUCAUUAAGCUUGUAACUUAUUCCCCCUCGCUUCUGGUCGGUGAUAUUCAUAGGGAGUUUGUUGAUGUGGUUGGUAAGUUAAAGGAUUUAGACAUGGCAUGUGAUUGGCUUGGGAGGUAUUUGUCUGACAGAAAAACAUAUAACUGGGGGAGUGUUCUUGAGACAAUGGAGCUUCUUGAGAAGAUGGGAUUCAAAGAGGAGAAGUUGAGUAGCCUUUUGAAAACGUAUCCUGACUUGGUGGGUGAAACUUCUGGGAAGAAAGCUUAUGUGAUGUUUGAUAAGUUGCUUAAAGUGGGACUUGAGAUGGAUGAAAUCGAUAAGCUAGUGAUAGACCACCCAGAGAUGUUACUAGACAAGUCUGUGAAAAGCAUUUUGGCGGCUUUGAAAUACAUGAUACGUAUCAGAUUGGAGAAGCAGUUUAUCGUUAGAAUUUUACAGCAACACAUGAAGCUUAUCUGUUCAACUUCUCUGCUAGGACCAAAAGCUGUUUGCAGUAAACUGAAGAUCGGAAGAGAAGAGUUACAUCAGAUCAUUAAGGAAGAGCCUUUGAAACUGUUCAGUUUAGCUUCUAAAACAACAAAGAGAAGAAUUGAACUUGAUUCACUGGAUUUCAGGAACGCUGAGAAGAGAGCCUUCUUGUUGAAGAUAGGGUAUGUAGAGAACUCCGAUGAGAUGGUGAGUGCUCUGAAGAGGUUCCAAGGGAGGGGAGAUGAGCUACAAGAGAGAUUUGAUUCCCUUGUGAAAGCUGGUUUGGAUUAUAAUGUGGUUACAGAGGUUGUUAAGCGAGCUCCUCACAUACUCAGCCGGCCUAAAGAUAUCAUUGAGAAGAAGAUCGAUCUUCUAAAAGAUUAUCUAGGUUACCCAGUGGAAUCUCUUGUAGAGUCCCCAACCUAUUUGUGUUAUAGUAUGGAGAGAAUACAUCAGAGAUUCUCAAUGUAUAUUUGGCUGAGGGAAAGAGAUGCAGUAGUGCCGAGGCUGACACUAGGCACUAUUGUGGGUAUUUCUAAUACCAGGUUCUUGUCAUACUUUGUUAAUUCCCACCCUGAAGGUCCAGCUACUUGGGAAAGUAUAAAGAAAUCAUCUACCUGAGGUGAAGCUUUUACUGGUCAGUUCAACGUUGUAACGUUAUCUUGAAAUUGACGUAUGUUCAUCAGUAUAGUGACCCACAAAUGGAACAAGGAAGGACUUGGAAAGAACAGAGAUCAUCCUUGAGUAUAGCUAAUGUUGAUGCACUACUAAACUCAAUGAAGUGAUUCUGUAAAGCUCAACUAAUUG